AUGGAGGGACGAGAAGACCGUCAACCUGGUUUAUGGAGAAGAACAGCAUUUGAUGCGGCGAAGGCAGAGCCAUCUAACCCGUUGCAGAAUCCUCACCCUGCACGGACGCUCCCCCGUAUGAUAGAGAGGACCUACAAGCCGACACCUCGCAAGGCGGAGCCUGUGAGUUAUGGGCCACCAAACCAUGUUGCAACAUCAUCUCGCAACCCAAAAUGGAUUGCAGGGCACGCCGAUCCAACUCCGAGCAAUCCCAAAGUUGUGCCUGCAAGUUACGUCGAGCCCAAACCAACUAAAUCGAAUGCAGUUAAUCCGAACGAAGUAAAAUUUGUGCCUACUAGCCCGUUGGUACCUACUCGCCGAUCAAAACCUGUAGUCAGCUACAUAGAGGGCGGUUUGAAUGGACACCACGCAAGUACAACUCCCAACAAGUCUGAUUUUGUCGGUGUCCACAGAGACACCGAGGAAUCACGGAAGGAUGUUUUCCAUGCAACUCGUAUAUUAGAACCAGAUGCAGAUGAAAAGGUUGCUGAUGAAGCUACGGCUAGAGUCCCGACGGAACCGGCCGUUCAACAAGAGCACCAAGAUGCAAUGACUGCCACUAUGGGUGAUGAGCAGGAUUUAACCCUGACUGUCCAGCUAGUGGAUGAUAUAGAACCUCCAGGAUUUUCAAAGGUGACAAAUAAAUGGCGGUCAAUGACACGGGAGACAACUGCGGAUGACGGUGGCCUGUCAGAUCCGCUGGCUUCGAUCAGGGAUCUUGAGGUGCCCUUGCAUGACACACUACACUAUUCGGUUGACGAGAACAUGGUAACUACAGCAAGGACCCCAAUAAAUCACAUCGCAACCAUGAUGGGUAACCCUUUCGCAAUUUUUCGGCUGAAGCAUGCCCGUAGUACGGUAAGUGUCACUGAUGAGGAGCUGGCUGGGUUGAAGGCCACUAUGCUGGCGAAGCAUCAUUCACCGGAUGAGCUGCUUACUUACUUCAAGGCCUCCAUAUCGGUGACGAACGUUGGCACGAUGAAUAUCAUACUGCAAUUCUUGUGCGAUGUGAUUCGUUGCGACGUCUCUCAACGAGAGUUGUGCGUACGCAUGAUGGAGACCGCGUUGGUGUACCACCCAGACGAGUUGGUAAGGUGCUUCUCCUGCAACUACAUUCCAUUUUUAUUCGACCCGGAACUUAACGACGACGUCGGAGGUAGCUUCAUGAGGUUGCUUUUAUCUUACAAGGCUACGUUCACCGCCUCCGGUAUCUCUGAUGAUAACGUGCCCGUUUGCGUUGACAGGAGAGGGAUGUUCUGUUACAACAUCGACGAGUGUGAACCCAUUGAUCGCUACUAUGUUGAGCAUAGACAUCGAAACGUUGACACAUAUGCUGAAGUGAGUGACGAUGCGCGCGGUACCAACGCUUCUUCUGAAGGGCCGUCGGGGCUAAACUACAUUGGUUGCGGUAAAAUCGAAUCAAUGGCACUUCUUAAGAUAUGUGCCGAUAGAGCAAAUGUGCACUCUGUAUUCGAUAUUCCGGCAUCCAGGUUGCGAGAUUGGCUCUGCACGAUCUGGUUUGAGUUACCAGCAACAAGACCCUGCCUCCCGUUAAUGCGGUUAUGCAUCCAUUGGAUAGAUUCACGAGAAGAAUCGGCAUUCCUGAAAGAUGCGGCGUAUGCUCUUGUACAAAAGGAGCUGUCGUUGUUGGGUGAAUUUGAGGGAGGAAGGCUUCUGAUGCUGGAGUUGCUGUCGUUCAUGGUUGAGCGCAACGGGGACGCUAGCGCCGAGCUGAGCAAGAUAGUUGACAUACUCGCAGAAGGUGAAGAGAAUACUCUUUACGCUAUCCUGGAUUCCAUCAUAUCCUAUAACUUGCAGGAAAGCGAUAUGCUGGAUCUGUGGUGCCUGCUGUGUAUCCUGCCGUGGCCCGUGGCCUCGCCGACCAGCGCCAUAUGCCGCCUCUUGUCGAGCAUCUUUUUGAUAUUCUACCAGAUCGCAUACGAUGCUAUUAAGUCAGGAUCGGGACAAGAACGAUUCUCGUCGUCUCCUAUGGGCCUUUUGGAAAAUGCGCUAAGGAUAUGCACGUGCCGGUGCUCCUCACCUGUGCUGGCCAAAGGCGCACUGCUGCAAACCAUCCUGUUAGUUGAACUGUCACCAUUACCAGCGCUGAAGAUGAAGAAUGCUCCUCUGAUACUUUCCAGCUUGUCUCCGUUCUUGUGGAAGUGCUACUUCGUGUGGUCCAACUGCGGCCGUGACGUCGAUCCAGAUAACCUUACUGCGCUACGCCACCUGUACGAUGCAUUGCGAACAUGCGUCUUUUGCGAGCCUCUAUCAAGCGCGGAUCGCAACAUCACCGCCCGAACGCUGCCCAUGUUCCCUCGUGUGCGCUUUACAACGGAUGAGGGUGAGGCGGAUGACAUAAACAUCAGCAACUUCAUCGGCGCUACAACGCCGAUAGUCAGGACGUUUAGCGCACCGGAGCCAGAAGUGGAUGUGGAUUAUGUCUAUGAGCCUCAGGAAGAAUCUGUGGUGGACGAAGCGCCGAAUGUGUUGUUCUUGGAGUCGCCAAGGGGAAUUCGCAACCUCGGCAAUACGUGCUACUACAAUUCUCUCUUGCAAGCUCUGUUCCACACGCGAAGCUUCGUAAAGGGACUGUUUGAUCUGCCAUCCAGCAAUCCAACUGUUGCCGUUUACCAGCGGAUCUUCCGCAAAUUGCUGAAGCGUGGCAAGAAGCCGUUCGACCCAACCCCCGGUUACAAGCUGCUGCCAUCGGCAUGGCGCCACGAUGCCGAACAGCAAGAUGUGACUGAAGUGCUCAGUCAUCUGUUGGAAUCUCUGGAUGAUAGCCUAAAGCUUUGGCGCCGCGUGUUUGCUGGUAUGGUGGUGCGUCGCAUCAAGUGCUUGCAUUGCGGCAACAUGAGCGACAACCGUGAGGUCGUAAUGGACUUCACUUUUGCAGUGGAUAAAAUGCCCAGCGUUCAGGCAAUGUUCGAUGAUUUUUGCAAGAUCGAGAACUUGCGCGGCGGGAACCGUUACCUGUGCCCGCAGUGUAACGCCCACCGCCGUGCGGACAUGUGGAAUGUGAUAGCCUCGCCGCCAGCGCACCUUAUGGUGGUGCUAAGUCGACACAUGUGGAGCCCAGUGAUGCCGUCGGAAGGAUCGUCAGGUGGCGCUAAGAAGAUUUUGAAACACGUGCAUGUCGACGAGCAACUACGCAUAUGUGAGUUCGACUACACGCUCUACGGGACGAUUUUCCACUCCGGCACGAGCGCUUCGUCCGGCCACUACUACUUUGUAGGCCGCGACAGUGAGGCUCCCAGCAACUGGCACAUCUGCGACGAUUCGCAGGUCCGCCCAGCCACUGCUGCGACUGUGAACGAGAUAAGCCAGGAUCGUGGCAACUCCCACGUGCCUUAUGUGGCCUUAUAUCGCUGCGCGCAAGCUCCGCUGACUGAACUAUAG